AUGCAUAUCAUCAUCAAAGGAAUCUGGCGUCUCCUGGUGGCAUUGUCUAUCGACCUAGACGCAUAUGUUAACUGUUUGUUCAAUACCCUUAAUCCAUGGUAUAAGAAAUUAAGAAAGUUAAUGCUGAUUUCUGGUGGAAGUAUAACACUUGGGUCUUGCCUUCUGGUUCGACGGUCUCGCCAAUUUCUCGUCAAUUUCUCUGAUAAUUCUAAAUUAUACCGUAAAUUCUUAACCUUAAUCUGGUGGAAACUGAAAAAUUUGGACCAGUUUGGCUUGUUAAUGGUUGCCCAAUAUUGCCUUAGUGUUAUAAAACGUUUCCUUCUGAAGAAAAAAGCAAUAUUGCUCAAAAGUCUAAAAAAAAAGCUGAUGUAG